CCUUCCAGGAGUAAGCAUCGGAAUAAAAGCUAGUAGCUUUCGGAAAAAUAGAGCACGCGUCUACCGAAAUUUCGUAUUUGCCAUGGCUUGGUCACCGUUGAUAAUAAGAUAUCUGGCAUUUCUGUUCAAUUUUCUUUGUGCGGUCCUGGGAAUUGCAACUAUUGUGAUUAAUGUAAUUGCAAUUGAGAAAAUUGCUGAAAAUGAGAGACUCAUUCUCGGUUUAUACAUCGCCGUGGGUUCGAUUGUAUUCUUGUUGUCCUUCUUUGGCUGUUUUGGGGCCGUAAAGGAAAACAUCUGCAUUACCUGGGCGUACGCAACUUCAAUGCUGGUUAUGCUGCUCAUCUCGUUAGCCCUGCUCUUCGUUUUCCGCAUGCAUUUCGAUGAGGCCUCCCUUACUAAACUGCAACAGACGUUUGCAAAGCAGACGAAUAGUUACGAUGCCAUGGCUGAGUACCAAACUAAAUUGAAAUGCUGUGGUAUUUACAAACUAAAAGAUUACGGUGACGCCCAUUUACCAGUUCCUAGUAGCUGUUAUGAUAGCGAUGAUGUACCACAUAAAGAUGGCUGUCUAUCUAAAAUGGAGUCCCAACACGAGGAUGUUCUGAAGGGUCCUAAGAUGGUUGGCUGGAUGCUAAUGGUCAUUGAGAUCGGUGCCUUUACUUUUACCACAAUUUUGGGAGUUAGUUUGAGGAACGAAAGGCGCCGCUCAGCAUAUUAG